AUGUUAACAUUAUUAUUGCUACAAGUGGUGUUUUCAUAAAAAAUUUUGGAUUCACCACUUGAACAAGUUGUAUGGUGUAAAUCUGAAACCUUCAUUCUUAGUGCAAAAGGUAUGCUAUACAAAAAUUAUACAUCUGAAAUGCCAAAGUUAAUACCAAAUGUAAUUAUGAAUUAUUCAUUCUAGUUAACCAUAAGAGAAAUAUUACAAUCAGAAGCAGAUUCUUAAGUACUUUAUCUAUUAGGUGAUUUCGAUACUUCUUAUGUGACUUAGAAUUGUGGGAAAACGUAUUAAAAAUUUAAGCAUCAAAAGACUUUGCAUGAUUUCAGGUUAAAUCCAUUAGAAGCCCAUAGUUUAAUGGCAUUUAAAGAGUUUAGAUGUAAUGCUACAAGUGGAAAUUUGUGUAAAGAGAAAUAUAAAAAAUAGUAUGAAGAUCUUUAUUGAAUUCUAGAUUGUAUGUAAGUAAUGAUUUUGGAAGUAAUUGGAGACUAGUAUUGAAUAGAACUAAAGAUGCAAUAUGGGAUAAGUUGAUUGAAUUGCCAGAAGUGCCAGAUUCAAGAAUUGUAGCAUCUUAUUUAAGUGAUUAAGGCCACGUAUAGGUUAGUUAUAGUGAUGAUUACUUUAAAACUACAAACUUAUUGAGAAAUAAUUCUUAUGGAUUUUAUUAGACUAAAGAGUAUUUAUUUAUUUUGAUUGAUGCUGAUCCUUUUAGUAAAGGUUAUGAUCUUGAAGUAAUUAAAUAAGGAAGUCUUACUCCAGUAGAAUUAGUAUUACCAAUUGAAGAUCAUUAAAAAUAUACAUUUACUGUAUUGGAUACUGUAAAUGGAUCUAUUUUUAUAUCAAUAUCUCAUUUGGAAGACAUGCCAAAAAUAAUGAAUAUAUAUUAAAGUGAUACAACUGGUACUAAAUAUACAUUAUCAUUGUUAAAUAAUGUCAGAAGUUUAGAUACUGGAAAUUGUGAUUUUGAAUUGAUUAUGAGGGGUAUUUACAUAGCAAAUAUUUAUGAUAAUGGUGAAUUUGAGAAAUUUAAGUUAAGAAGAUCAACAAAAAAUACAGAUGGUAUUAAAAGAUUAGAAAAUUAUAAAUAAAGUAGAAUAACUUUUGAAUAAGGAGGAGAGUGGCAUGCUAUCAAAGCUCCAAAAUAUGAUUAUAAAGGAUAACCUAUAUAAUGUAAUGGAGAUUGUUCAUUACAUUUAUUAGGAAGAAGUGAAGCACCUAGAAAUAGAAUUGUAAGUCAUUCAUAUAUUACAAUUGGAACUGGAAAUACUGGAAUUUAUUUAGGAAAUGAAUAUAAAACUUAUUUAAGUAGAGAUGGAGGACACACUUGGUUUGAAAUAUUAGAUGGAAUGCAUAUUUAUGAUAUUGCUGAAAAUACAGGACUAAUUGUAUUUGUAAGUGAUGAAGAAUAAGCAAGUGAAAUCUUAUAUACUUGGGAUGAAGGUUUAACAUUUAAGAAGAUAAAGAUGAAUGUUACUAUGGAUAUAACAAAUGUUGUAUAUAAAAAUGGUAAGUUUAUAUUUCAUGGAAUAUCUGAUAGUAAAACUCUUGGAGUUGCAAAGGAAGAUGAUUUUACUUCAAGUGCAUUAAAAGGAAUAGUUGUAUCAUUAGAUAUCAAUUAAAUUAUGGUUAGAGAAUGUUAAGGAUUUGAUAAUCCUGGAGAAUAAGAUUCUGAUUAUGAAUUCUGGUAUCCAACUAAUUAUGCUGGAGAUAAGUGUUUAUUUGGAAGAAGAGAAAAGUAUAUAAGAAGAAAAUAGAGAGCAUAAUGUUAUAAUAAAGAACCUAAUCUUCCAGUAUAAACAGAAAAUUGUCCAUGCACUAAGGCUGAUUGGGAAUGUGAUGUUGGAUUCAAAAGAGAUGUUUAUUCUAAUUGUAUUCCAAUGAAAGAGAUUAAACCUAAAUAAUGUAAAGGAACUUAUAUGAAAAGUCAAGGAUAUAGAAAAAUAUCUGGAGAUGAAUGUUAAGAUGGGUAUAAUAUCUAUAUUUAUUCUAGUGUUUAUUUGGGUCCAAUAGAAGUAAACUGUCAAUAAGAAGAAUAAUCUAUUACUCAAAAUUAAGAUGCCAAUAAAUCAAAUGAUAAUGAAACACCAUAAUAAUAAUAAGUUACUUCUAAAAAAGUAUAGAUUACACAAAAGAAAGCAAGUGGUGGUGGAAUUAAAUUCUCUUAUUUAGCAAUUGGAGUCAUCUUACUUAUUUUGGCAUUCUAUGCAAAAAAGAAGUAUCUUGAUACUGGAAGAAUUAAAAAAAGAACUCCUGCUCAUUAUUAUCCUAGUCGAUAAUAAGAGAAAUAAAGUCUAUUUACAGAACUAUGAUAAUGUACAUAAUUAC